CGCCGGUUUGCGUUCGCUCUUCGUCUUCCCCGCAGGUGAGGCGGAUGGGUUGAAUCAGCGAGAGGAUGGAGUGGAGAGGCGUGGCUUGCUUGCUGCUCUUCAGCUGCCAGUCAGAAGGGCGCGUGUGGCGGCGGUGGCCGUAGCUUCUUUUCGCAGCGCAGCCGCCCUCCGGUCCUCGCCUCUGGUUCGAAUUGCCUCAAAGCGGGGAGACAGCGACGUUGCCGUUUCUCUCGCCUAGCAGAAGCCGGAGAGGCUCCUCUUCCCUUUUUUUCCUCCCGGUAGAGAGUGGUGAGGAAGAAAGGAGAGGGGGUGAGGACGCCGCCUGCCUCCUUCGACUUCCUCUCGCCAUGAGUCCCGGCGAGAAGCCGCCGCCGCCGCCUCCACCACCCCCGAAUAGCUCCCGGGCUAGCCGGACGCCCUGCCAGCAGCGACGCGGAGGACUUCUGGCGGAGGUUCGGGCUCCCAUCCUUACCGAGUCCUUCCACGAACGCUACAGGCUCAGCCCGGGCCGUGAGCUCGGCAGGGGGAAAUUUGCAGUAGUAAAGAAGUGUGUAAAGAAAGAUACUGAAAAAGAGUUUGCCGCAAAAUUCAUGAGGAAAAGAAGAAAGGGCCAGGAUUGCCGGAUGGAGAUAAUUCAUGAAAUUGCAGUGCUGGAACUGGCACAACGAAAUCAUUGGGUUAUUAAUUUGCAUGAAGUAUAUGAAACACCAACAGAAAUUAUUUUGGUUUUGGAAUAUGCUGCUGGAGGAGAAAUCUUUGACCAGUGUGUAGCUGAAAGAGACGAUGCGUUCAAAGAAAAAGACGUUAAGCGUCUCAUGAGGCAAAUCUUAGAAGGAGUUUCAUUUUUGCAUCGAAAUAAUGUAGUUCAUCUUGACUUGAAGCCCCAGAAUAUUCUGUUAAGCAGUGAAUCACCACUGGGAGAUGUUAGAAUAGUUGAUUUUGGCCUUUCCAGAGUAAUGAAGAAUAGUGAAGAACUAAGAGAAAUUAUGGGAACACCUGAAUAUGUGGCUCCAGAAAUCCUGAGUUAUGAUCCAAUCAGCACUGCAACAGAUAUGUGGAGUAUUGGCGUAUUAACAUACGUCAUGCUAACAGGGGUAUCGCCUUUCUUGGGAAAUGAUAAACAGGAAACAUUCUUAAAUAUAUCUCAGAUGAAUGUAAAUUACUCUGAGGAUUUUGACCUUAUAUCUGAAUCUGCUGUGGAUUUCAUCAAAUCUCUUCUGGUUAAAAAGCCUGAGGAACGGGCAACAGCAGAAGAAUGUUUGGUACAUUCUUGGCUAGCACAAAUGGAUGUUCCUGAUACUAUAUGCUGGAUAAAGAACACUGAAGAGGAGGCAAAUGCUAUUAUUGUAAAUGAAGAUUUUACUUCUGAAAAUUCUACAGAUGGAGAAAAAACAGAAGAGGCAUUGGUGACAGAAGAGCUGAUUGUAGUAGCUUCAUAUACAUUGGGCCAAUGUAGGCAGUCAGAAAAAGAUAAAAUUGUUGAACAGAAAACCAUUUCCAAGCGGUUUAAAUUUGAAGAACCAUUGCUGCAAGAAAUACCUGGAGAAUUUAUUUACUGAAUUGCAACUUGUUUCUGCUCUUGGAGGCUUUGAACUCUAACUUGGGAGACUUGGCAGUCCUUCACUUCUCCUAGACUAAUUUAUGUAUAGUCGAUAACACACUGAUAUGCAAAUACACUUCUUGAUAACAUGGGGGAAGAUGGGACACGAGUCAACUAGGAAACUGUGCCAAACAUCUUAAUUUUUGUGGAAAUGGCUAAUGAUAAAUGCCCUAUACAGAAAAAAGCAGAAAGCUGUAGUUCAUUUUUUCUUCUGUUGGUAUGUGUAAAAUUCUUGUGCUAUACCUUCUGUUUUAACUAUUCAGUGGGGACCGAUAUUCCUGUACAAGUGACCACUGAUUAAAAAAGAAAUUUGUCUGAACAAGCGAUAAACAUGACUUUUCACCAA